AUGUCGGGGUCGGUCGCACAGAGAGCCGAUGCCUACAAGAAGGAGGGCAUGUACGUCUUUAACAAGACAACUAUGAUGUGCAAGUUCUGUGAAAAAAGAGUCGAUUGGGAGAGAAAAAGCACAGUCGAUAACCACAUCAAAUCUUCGGCCCACAAAAGUAACAGAGCUAAAAGUGACGAGGAACAAAAAAAGAAACGGCAAGUUUCUAUUAGUGAGUCUCUGACUGUUGCCAAAAAACUGAAGGAAAGUUCUGGUGAUUUGCCAAAUGCACAGCAGCUACGAGAGAAGUAUGUUCCACUCCUUAAGGAAGAGUAUGACGUGUUUCUACGAUCCACGCUGAAAGGGAAGAAAAUAGUUGUUAUGUGCGACGACACCACAAAUAGGAAGGGAGAGGCGAUUUUCUUGAUACUCUUCAAAGUUCUGCCUUCUGCUGGGGACGUCGAUUCUCAAAUAUUUGUGGCAUCUGUAAAUAUUCUAGAGACUGUCAACGCAGACCAAUGUUCUAAAACUAUUCUGCAGACUCUUCAUCAGUUUGAGGUGGAUCAUGACAAUGUUGUGGGUGUUGUGUCAGAUAGUGCUGCGUACAUGAAUUUGUACAAAUAUGCUUUCUCUGGGGCUAAAGAAGUAAAACAGUUUCCACUCCCUGUGAUGUCUAGGUGGGGCUCCUGGAAAAGAGCUGCUGUGUAUGUAUCUGAAUAUGCUGAAGAUGUAGCUGAAUACUGUAAAACCUUAACUGGCAAGGCUAAUGAAACCAAAGCAGUAAAAUAUUUUCAGAAACUAAAGCCUCAAGACAUCAUGAUAGUUAAAUCAGAAGCCAUGUUUGUUUCAGAGUAUUGCUCCCCUGUAUCAGCACUAUUGGACAAGGCCAAGAAGAAUAACGAAAUGGUGACAAGUUGUGGCGUCAAGACUCAUGAAUACUUUACAUCGAAAUUCAUUAACCAGAUCGAGUCAAACACUACUGACGCCACGACUUACAUCUUAAAGUGUUCAGAAGAGGUCCAAAAUUGCCAGGCACCAAACAUCUCUCCACAAACCUAUGCUAAUUAG